GCCGUGCCGCCGCCGUCCCUCAGCCCCGCCCCGCCGCCGCCGGGCCCCGCGGAGCGCCCGCCGCCGCCACCAUGUCCCGCCGGCCGCCGCCGCCCCGCUCCUGCGACACCUUCGUGGCGCUGCCGCCCGCCACGGCAGGGGGCCGCGUCGUCUUCGGGAAGAACUCGGACCGCCCGGCGGAGGAGGUGCAGGAGGUGGUGCACUUCCCGGCCGCCGCGCACCCGCCCGGCGCCGCGCUGGAGUGCACCUACAUCAAAAUUGAGCAAGUCGAGAAGACCCACGCCGUGGUGCUGAGCCGCCCCUCCUGGCUCUGGGGGGCCGAGAUGGGGGCCAACGAGCAUGGCGUGUGCAUCGGCAACGAAGCGGUGUGGGGGAGAGAGGAGGUCGGUGACGAAGAAGCCCUCCUCGGCAUGGACCUCGUAAGGCUUGGACUUGAGAGAGCAGACACAGCUGAAAAGGCUCUUACCGUCAUAGUUGAUUUGCUAGAAAAAUAUGGACAGGGAGGAAACUGUAUGGAGAGCCACAUGGUAUUCACAUACCAUAACAGUUUUCUGAUAGCUGACAGAAAGGAAGCAUGGGUUCUGGAGACAUCUGGAAAAUACUGGGCAGCAGAGAAAGUAGAAGGAGGUGUACGGAACAUUUCCAACCAGCUCUCUAUCACAACCAAGAUUGACAGAGAACACCCACAAUUAAAGGAAUAUGCCAAAAGCAAGGGCUGGUGGGAUGGGGAAAAGGAAUUCGACUUCGCUGCCACAUAUUCUUAUGUAAAUACUGCCAGAAUGACCACAUCCAGAGGCCGAUAUUGUGAAGGCUAUAAACUUCUGAACAAACACAAAGGAUCUAUCACUUCUGAAAUAAUGAUGGAAAUUCUUCGUGACAAAGAGAGUGGUAUUAAUAUGGAAGGUGGAUUUAUGACAACUGGAAGCAUGGUGUCUGUACUGCCUCAGCAGCCCCAUCUCCCGUGUAUUCACUUCUUUACUGGAACUCCAGAUCCUGCGAGGUCUGUAUUCAAGCCCUUCAUAUUUGUGCCCAAUAUUACUCAGUUAUUAAAAACUAGCUCCCCUACAUUUGGUCAUAAUGAUCCAGUUAAGAAGCAACCACGUUUUCAGAACAAGCCAGAUCGAAGACAUGAGCUCUAUAAAAAACAUGAAAGUGCUGCUGUAGUUAUGGAAACUAUCGAGGGUAAAGGUAAAGAGAUGCUAAAGGAGAUACAGGAGUUGGAGAAACAGAAGAUAAGUGAAAUGGAAUCAAUCCUGCAAAACGGAUGUCUCGACAUUAACCAAGCGGUUAACCUUUUUUCACAGUGUGUAGAAGAAGAACUCAAAAUAUAUAGCUAAAACUACUGUUUGAUUGUGGUACAAUUCAGUUUUAUGAUUGACUUUUCCAAUGAAGUGGCUGUAUAGAUUACAUCUUAUUUUCAAUAUACCAGUUAGUAAGGGCCAAACAGCUUUUGGUUGUGUGAAGCAAUGCUGAAAAGGCUGUUAAGAGUUAGGCAGUGGCUUUGUCUGUGACGCAGUAUAGAGCUGUCAGCAGAGACUGAUUUCAUCAACAGAUGCAAUUAGGAUGUUAUAGCUUGACUAAAUGGCAGAAUACCUCAUUUCUGGACGAAGAACACAAACUCAGGUCUGCAGAACUCAAUUCUAGAAUUUCACAUUGCCUGAAUUAAAACAGCCAUGCUGAAGGACUUUCUAAAAUGUAGAAGCUAUUCCUUGCACUGAAUAAAAAGGAAAGUGAUAGGCAAGUCAAGUAAGAUUGAUACUCAGUUGUUUGAUAAAACAAUUCUAAGAUACGUUUCCUAUAUGAACCUUCUACUCCUUCCAUGUAAAACAAGGCUAAGAGUUCAAGCUAUAUUAAAACCAAAUCACAGUUAUAAUUUUACCAUGAUUUGUUGUGAAAUCUGAUUGCAUGGAAUUCAACAAUGCAAGCAUCCUGCAAGUUACCACACUACUUUCUCUUCCCUAUUUUCCCUACCCUGAUACUCAAAAAUAAAUUAACUUAUUUACAUAGA